AUGGAUUCCAGCACCAAAGCGGAAUGCCACGCUCACCAUAUAGACUUCGCAGAAGAUCAGACUAACAAUGUAUUGGAGAAAAACCUUCGGGAUGAUAAAAGCGUCUUUUUGGAUCCUGAGUCAUGCAACUUGGGGGAAUUAAAUGUCACUACAGAUCAUGAUGAUGUACUGGUCCCCCAACCGUCAGACGAUCCCCAGGAUCCGUUGAACUGGGGCUCUAGCAGAAAACAUGCCGUUCUUGCAGUCGUUAUUGCUUGUUCUUUCUUACCCGACUACGGCAGUGUCACCGGUGCUGCAACCUUGACACUGCAAGCAGAAGAAUACGGCAUCUCACCCGACUUAGUCAAUCAUUCACAAUCUGGAAACCAAUUCAUGGUCGGUGCGGGAGGAAUCAUUGCUGUUAUGUUGUCUGCAUACUUCGGUCGUCUACCGGUGCUUUUCUGGUUUAUGGUUGCGGCUUUUGCAACAGCUGCUGGCCAGGCGGGCUCGAAUGGUUUCAUAGGGUUCUUUGUUCCACGAGUCAUGAACGGGUUCUUCACGGGAGUCGCGCAAGGAGGCGGCUUGAUGUUCAUUAAGGAUCUGUUCUUCCUUCACGAGCAGGCGCGCAAAAUCAACCUUUGGCAGUCAUGUGUGAUUCUUUCUCCUUUCCUUGGCCCUCUCCUCGCAUCAUUCAUGACCAUCAGCCUAUCGUGGCGGUGGCCGUUCUGGUUAUAUACGAUCUUAACGGGCCUCGCUCUCAUGGGAGUAAUCUUCUGCGGCCAGGAAACAUUCUACAACCGCCAAAUCCCACCAUACCAGCAGCCAGCCCGUUUAUCGCGAUCUCUGCGGCUAAUCGGCGUUGAACAAUGGCGAUCCCGCUCUCAAAGGAACCCAUUUAUCGAAGCCAUUUCACGGUCUUUGCUUGUCCUUGGAAAACCAGUUAUUCUUCUUACAAACCUCUACUACGUCUGCAUUUUUGCAUGGCUCGUCGCUAUCAAUGCGACGCUUCCCAUCUUCCUUAGUUCUCUGUAUGGAUUUGGACCUAAGCAGAUCGGUUUUAUGUACUUUGCUCCCGUUGUCGCAGCCAUAAUAGCAUAUACCCUAGGCCACUGGCUCCACGACGCGCUAGCAAACUUCUACGUCCGAAGAAACAACGGCGUAUUUCACCCCGAAUCGCGACUUAUAAUCGUGUGGCUCGCUAUGCCGUUCAUGCUCUCGGGUCUGGUAAUAGUUGGCUUUGCGUUGCAGCGCCACUACCACUACAUGCUCGUCGCACUGGGUUGGGGCCUUUAUACAUUUGGCAUGAUUCUUAACUCCGCCAGCGUGAAUAUGUAUGUACUUAAUUCUUACCCGGAAGCCAGUGGUGAAGUAGGCAUGUGGAUUAAUUUCUCGCGCACUGCCGGGGGUUUUAUUAUCAGUUAUUUUCAGGUAAAAUGGGUUAGUCGUGUUGGUGCAGAGGCGACAUUUGGCAUCCAAGCAGCUAUUUGUGCUUUUGCCUUUUCUAUUAUCAUUUUGUUGCAAUUCCGUGGGAAGGAGUUGAGGGCCUGGGGAGGAGAAUUGAAUUUCAAGACGAACUAA